AUUUUACUUUCUCUAUGACUGUCUUACUGUCUUAAGUCCGGUCUACACGCGGGGAGUUUGCUGUUUUCCUGCAUUGUGGCAAACUGUGAUCAGGACUUCAGCUAGUCUGAAAUGUCACUGCUGCUACACUGCUUCCUUGAUCGAUGUAAUUCCUGAACCCUAUUAGUGACUGGAAAAUGCAGGAAGAUGUGGAAGAAAUCCUGCAAAACGAGCCUGAUGCCUCCCUGAUCUCAAAUGUAUGCUCCGGCUGCCUCAAUCUUCUGGACGACGAGGAGUUUAUCUCCGCCUUGGGUCAGGAAUGGCAUAUGGACUGCUUCAGGUGCUCCGCUUGCGACGCCUCCCUCUCUAACUGGUACUUUGAGAAGGACGGCCUACUGUUCUGCAAGGACGACUAUUGGGCUCGCUAUGGAGAAGCCUGCCAGCAGUGCAGCCAGGUUAUCACCGGUCCAGUCAUGGUGGCUGGGGAACACAAAUUCCAUCCGGAGUGCUUCUGCUGUGGCUCCUGCGGAUCGUUCAUCGGCGACGGAGACUCUUAUGCUUUGGUGGAGCGAUCCAAACUCUACUGCGGGCAGUGCUAUAAGCGACAAAUGCAACCGCUGCAGAAAACCGCAGGAUUUCCAUUUGCCAAGAAGCCGCAUUCCAUCCGGUUGGUUGAGGUACCAGCCGGGCAAAAGGGCAUCAAACUGUCCAAGGAUGUCAUGUUGUCCGGCAGCAAUCAGUGCUUUACUAUUUCAGAGCUAUUGUGGAAACUGCAGGGCCACAUUCUGCAGGUGGCCUUCGCCCUACUAACAACAGCUAUUAACUCCUGCUGCUUUCCGAUUCCUUGCUUUAGGUUGGACGUGAACAAUGACUUGAUGUCUUUGCACAUCGGCGACAAAAUUCUGGAAAUUAACGGCAUCCCUGUCGGCGACACCCCUCUGGAGAACAUUGAGAAUCUUCUCAGCUACUCAGACACGGUUUUACAACUGACUAUUGAGCAUGAUCCAGAAUCGAUAUCUCGAAAGCUCACUCAGCCAUCGAGCCUGGCGCCGAACAGCAGCCCUUUGACCACCACGAAGAGUGACAGCAACAUUCCAACCAACAACAACAAUACAAUCAACAUUCCGUUGGAUGGCGAAACGAGCAGGAGCAACGAGAAUAUAAUUUGCAAAGAUGAGGGCAAAGAGAACAGGAAGGGCAACAACAAGGAGCGCCUUUAUAAGCGCAAAGAUGAGGGCUACAUGAGUGGGACUAGGUCGCGUCAGUUGAGAAGGAAAAACCACUUGGCGGAAAAGACGCAAAGCUUGGACAAGGAGAGGAGCUCGUCCAUGAGCCGACUGCUGGACGAGGCGCCGAACUCGAAGCGAUGCCUGGAAUUAUCAAGAGCGUAUUCCUUCUUGGAGUCUCGGCCCCCGCAACGGGUGUUCAGAGCUUCUGACUUGGUGAAGGGUGAACUUUUGGGGCAGGGGUUUUUUGGACAAGUAUUCAAAGUAACCACCAAAGACACAUCUGAAGUCAUGGUGCUAAAGGAGCUUUACAGAGUGGAUGAGGAAGCCCAGAAAAACUUCCUAAAAGAAGUUGCAGUGUUGAGAUCGUUACACCACAGCAACGUUCUGCGCUUCAUUGGGGUUCUGUACAAGGAGCGAAAGUUACACCUUGUUACUGAGUACAUUUCAGGUGGCACUUUGACCGAACUGCUGCACGACUCUGCGCAGCCCCUCCCCUGGGAGCAGCGCGUUUCCUUUGCCAAAGAUAUUGCUGCCGGGAUGGCCUACUUGCAUUCCAUGAACAUUAUUCAUAGGGACCUCAAUUCCCACAAUUGCCUAGUCCGUGACGAUAAGACUGUGAUAGUGGCCGAUUUCGGCCUUGCCAGGAUCAUUUCCCAUGCCACCAAUAGCGUUAGACGAUCCCCUAAAGGUACUGCCAUUAAAAGCAGACAGGAGCGCAAAAAGCGCUAUACUGUCGUAGGCAACCCGUACUGGAUGGCCCCCGAGAUGAUGAAAGGCAACAAAUACGAUGAAAAGGUCGACGUUUUCAGUUUCGGAAUUAUCUUGUGCGAGAUAAUCGGGCGAGUGCAGGCAGACCCAGACUUCCUGCCACGCUCUAACGACUUCGGCCUCAACCAGGCGGUUUUCAAGGAAAAGUUUUGCCAGGCCUGCCCCGAGUCCUUCUACAAGAUCGUGUUCUUAUGCACUGAUCUAAAUCCAGAUAAAAGGCCGCCCUUUGAGGUGAUGGAGGUCUGGCUGGAAUCUCUAUCCAUGCAUCUGGCUGUUGGCAUGCCGUUACCGCCCGAUUUGGUAUUUGAUAUUCACCACUACAGCGGUCUGAGCCCUAGUAGCUCCGGAAGCACAACGCCUGAAGGGAUACCCUCCGGGCACAGGAGCCCGGCAUUGGAGCCCAUAACCGAAGGCCGACCGUCUGAAGCUCUGCAGAGCCAAGCGGAUAAAAAGUUGUCGCCAGUGGAGGGCAGUAAUUCCCUAACUAAAGUGCAAUCGACUGGGAGCGCCCCCAGCAAGGAGAAACCGAUAAGGCCCAUUAUAAAAGUGUCUAGUGCGGAUAGUUUAGUGAGCGAUUGUGAUGAGCGCGGGAAACUAAUCACUCCUGGUAAUUUGGACGUGGUGGAUAAAUCCUCGUGUCCCACCUAUGAGAAUUUGGACUUUUUGCGCAAUGACAAAAUGUUCACUCGUGAUGCCGAAAAGUCCGUGUGUGUUAAGAACCUGUCCCCAAACAAGCUGAAAGUAGUGGAUAAGCCGCAGUUUCUCGCCACCGCCAGCGAGAACAACUUACGCAGCAACAACUUUAGCGUGCAUUUGAGGACAGUGCCGAAGAACUUCACUCGGAACCGCUUCAUAACUGAAAGAAAAGGAGCUGAGGGUGGCAGGUGUUUGGAGGACACUCUGCAGAAGCAUGCGCUGCUGGCCAAGCAGAGCAACGUGCAAACUCCUAGUAACAUCAGCUUGGGAAGCAUGAAGACGCCAUUGUCUGACGUUGCGAACAAGUUCGUCAAGAACUUGAAUACCUCCAACAGGGGCAAAGAGCUGGCAUCUUCGUCUCUGGUUAACGAAGCUUCACGGGAUAGAAAAGGCGACUUCAAUAGCCGCGAUGCUCCAGGGCAAAGCAGUUUGUCCCGCCAUAGAUACACCGGAGAAUCUGAAGAGCAUCCGAUGCACAGAAGAACUCCUUUGGUGCAACGCACGGGAAAGUUUCAGCAAGAAGACAGCCCGUGCAAGGCGGAAUCCUCGGGCAUUCUAGCGAAGGUGUUACGCAGAACUCCGAUUUUCGAGCGCAAGUCCUUCAAGCCGUUGCACGUUGAGCCCAAUGCGCCCUCCUCCUCUGUACAAGAGGAAAAAGCGAGCAGCAGCAGCGUCGUACGGAACAUUGUUGAGAGUUUCAACAAGAAAAGCGGCGGUCUAAGCUUUGGAAGCCGGGGUGGAUAUGGGAGGAGCUCUAUGAAAGUGAUGGGGAACCCCAAGGUGAACCUGAAAGGCGUGGUUAGAGGGGGAGUGGAUAACGAGUUUACUGCUCUGUAAAGAAUGUGCGUGGCAACAGGGAGAAUUGGCUUUAAUCCGCGCUAUUGCAGGUAGAGUGUUAGUGUGUGUGUACAAGGAAACCCAAGUUCAUUCCAGCUAAAACGGUUCUACUAAUUUACUACUGUGAUAAAUCUUAAGUAUUAACAUAUAAUAAGCGACUUGAGUAUUGUAACAGUUAACAUAUUUAAUAUUUGUCUAUAGCUUUAAGCGAACAAUGGUACCAUAACUCUUCUAGGAGUUUAGAGCUGUUAGCCCGUAGAUGCGGCCUUUGCUGUAUGUUGAACAUUCGUCUAAGCAACAGAUUUACUAAAAUUAAAUAAUACAGUUUAAAAUAACCAUUUGAUUUAGUUCUACGCAAUUCGUUGCUGUUAAGAUUAACUUAUAUUUACGCUGUGAUAUCAGAGUAUUAAUUCAAACGUCUAAUCUUCUCUGUUUGUCGUUAAAAGUUAUAAAUGUUAGGUAAUCGCAAGAAAUAUCGUUUGCACACUGUCGGCCCCCAUUUGUUAUUCUUUACGGACUCACAAGGUUUUGUGCCUUUUCUAACUGCAAACAGGAACUUUCCACAUCUGGCUUAUAUAUAAUUAUUAGUGAGUUUUGAUAUUUUUUGUAUGAAUUUUGUAAAUAAAAUAUUCAAUUAU